AUGAAUAACAAUACGUAUGAGUAUAAGGAAUCAAAACAGCUAAAGUAUAACAACAAGCUUACAAAUGAAAGAGAUAUAUAUUACUCAGGUGGGCUAAACGAAUAUGGUAAUGCUAAUGGCAAUGUAUCAGUAUAUAUAAAUAAAGAAAUGGGUGAAAGAAAAAUGAACAAUGGUUUUAUUGUUGAAAGAGCAAAUCCUUAUGAUCGUAAAAAUAUAUCAUUAAAUAAUAAGGGUGAUUAUUCUAUGGACGCCUUUAACCCCAACAAUAAUAGUAAUAAUAGUAACACAAGUAAUAAUAAUAGUAAUUGUAAUAAUAAUAGUAAUUGUAAUAAUAAUAGUAAUUGUAAUAAUAAUAACAGUGGUGUGUAUUUCAAUAAUAAUAAUUGUAGUAAUAACAGUAGUGCUAGUAGUAACAAUGUUUCAAGUGUGAAUAUCUGUGAAAGUAGAUUAAGACAACCUAGUCGAUCCUAUGAACAACAACCAAUAAUAGAAAGUAAUAGAAAGGAUAUGUGCUAUUAUCUACCAGGUGCAUCACGACAUUCUUUCAGCUUUAGAGAUAAUAAUUUAAAAUCUAAUAUUAAUGACAACAAAAAUUGUAGGAGUGUUAAAAUAAUAGGUGAACCCUUCCCCUUAGAUGUAAUAUCACGAAACAAAUAUUGUGUUGAAAAAGGAAUCUAUGGUUCUAAGUUUAGUAAGUCUUUUGAAACUACGAAUGUAUCUAAUGAUCAUAUUAUUAAUAAUAGAAGUAAUACAACUGUAAGUAAUGUUAGUAGUACUUGUAGUAUUAGUAACAUCGACAACAUAGGAACGCUUUCAAAUAAUAAAUUUAAUAUAAAUAAUAAUAAUAAUAAUAAUAAUAAUAGUAGUAGUAGUUGUUGUUGUAAUAAUAAAGCACAAACAGAUUAUGAAGUGUAUGAAAAUUUUGAUAAGGUAGAUAUAACAACACAUAAUUAUAAUAAUGAUAGAUUAAUAAAAAAUACUCAUUUAUUAAAUGAACAAAAUAAUAAUUCAACAAAUUCCAAGUAUCAAAGUUAUCACGUAAAAACUACAACAAAUCUUAAUUCGUCAUUUUCAUCUCAUAUACAUAAUGAUUUUAAAAAGUGUAAUGAUACCUAUCCAUUAACAACUGAUGAAUAUUCAAAUGAUAAUAAAAUGAACAUAACACAUUUAAAAACAAAUGUAAAUGCAAAUAUAAUAGGUAUUAGUAGUUUUGAAACGGUGAGCUCUCUUAAUGACAAUAAUAUAUUUAUUUUUGAGAAAAAAAAUGAAAUUAAAAAGGAACCUACUAGAGAUAGAAAUAUGAAUGACAUUGUAAUGAAUGGAAGAAAAAAUGAAGAAAAUUUUGUAAAUAUUAAUAUGACGAAUGAAAAGAGUUGUAAUUUAUUUAAAACAAAAAGUAAAACUGUGAUGCUUCCAAAUGAUAACUAUGAAAUGAUGCAUGUAGAGGGUAGAUAUAAUAUAGGAGAUGUAAAAGAGGACUCAUAUGAUCACAAAAUGUGUCUAGAUCGAAAAAAAGUAAACCUCACCGAUGGUAUUAGUAAUAAUAAUAUUAAUAGUGAGUACCUUUUUGACAGUUGUAACAAAUACCUGAAUGUUGAAAAUAAUUAUGAUAAUAAAAAUGACCAGCUAGAAAUUCAGAAAGAUUGCAGUUUUUUAUCAGCUGAAGAAUUUGUUGAGGAUAUUUUAAAAAAUGGAGAAAUGAAAAAUAUUAGUGAUAUCGAAGAGACCGAAGGUAUGGAUGAUAUAAAGGACAUGAAUGAAUUAGAAAAUAUGAAUGAUGAAGAGGACAUGCUGAUGGAAGCUGUAGAUGAAUCUUAUGAACAUUCAGAUAAAGAGAAGGAAUGUCCUAGUAAUUUAUUGAUCCAAAAUAAUAGUAAUAUGUUAUAUGAUGAAUAUAGGGUUCAUGUAGAAGAAUAUGGAUUAAUGAAGGUUCAUAGGAAUAACGACACGGGUCAAAUAAAGGAUAUUAAGGUGAAGCAAGAGAUGGAUCCACUAAAAACAAUUAGCACAAACAAUAUGAAUAAUAUGAAUAAUAUGAAUAGUAUGAAUAGUAUAAAUAAUAUGAACAGUAUAAAUAACAACAAUAAUAAUAAUAAUUGUAAUAGUGGUGUUGGUAAUUUUCAUAAUAAUAAUAAAUUUAAUGAUGGAGAUAAUAAAAAUGUCGAAGAGAACUCAAAUCUGACACAUCAUGAUCAAUUAACAUCAUUUUAUUUUAACUCAUUAGAAAAUAAUAAAAAUAAGUGUAAUGGAAAAGAUAUCGAAGAGAAUGAUAAUAAUUCGCAGAAAGAUAUGAAAAAGUACAAACCUAAGGUUCAAACAAAAAUACGAACAAAAUUAAAAUUAAGAAUGAAAGAUGAUGAUAAAUUAAAUAAGAAAAAGAAAAAGAAAAUACCUGGAAGAAUAUAUAAAGUUAUUGUAAGAGGUAAAGAAUGUUGGAGAGCCGAAUGGUUAGUGCAUUCAAAAAAUGAUGAUUUAAGAACAUUACAUCCAAAGCUUGCCAAUAUAAAUAAUGAAAAAAUAAAUUUCCAUGCAUAUAAUAAUAAUAAUAAUAAUAAUAAUAAUCAUUUUAAUAAUCCGUUUAAUAAUUUUGAUAACAAUAUUGAUAAUGAUGAAGAUAUUGGUGAUAUGAAUAAUUCUAAAGAUAAGAAAAAUAAUUUAAAAAAAAAAAGUAAACAAUUCUCUGUAUCAGUAUAUGGUCAUGAAAAUGCAAGAUUAUUUGCAUUAUUUGAAUUAAUUAAAUAUAAUUGUGUACCAGAUAGUUUAAAGGAAGAGGCAACCAUAUGUAUUCAUAAUAUAAAGAAAAACUUGCUUAAUUCUGAGAAAUCUUCUAAUAAAUCUUUUAAUGGACCUUUUUUACAAUUUUUACUUUCAGAUGAAAAUAAUGAGUAUUCCUCUAUGUUUUAUAAGAAGUUGGAAAAUAACCCAGUAAACAACUAUAACAAGUAUAAUAAUAAUAUAAAUAUAAAUAAUAAUAUAAAUAAUAAUAAUAAUAAUAAUAAUAAUAAUUGGUAUGGAAGAAAUACAGCAAGUUCUCUUAGCGAGAGUAAUAUAUAUAAUCAUCUUAACGUAGGAUUUAAUGCUAACAUUAAUGGUAUUAAUUAUAUGAAUAGUAUGAAUAAUAAUAAUUAUUUAAAUCAUCUUACUAAUAAUUUGAAUCAUCACAACAAUCAUAUGAAUCACCACACAAGUAAUUUAAACCAUAUAAAGGGAUACACAAAUGAUAACUAUAGUAUUAAAUCUGAGACAAGUCAAUCAUUGAAAGACAAAAAGGAAAACAUGAACAGCAUGAUGUUAUUAAAUGAUAAUAAUAGUAAUAGUAAUAAUAAUUAUUAUUAUAGUAAAAUAAAUUAUAUGAAUAAAAGUGACGGUUCCUUUAAUCCACCCAAUAACAAUAUGAAUAGUAACAACAAUAUGAAUAGUAACAACAACAUGAAUAGUAAUGGUAACAAUAAUAAUAAUAGUAACAAUAGUAGUAGUGUGAAUAUAAACAUGAAUAGUAAUGGUAACCCUAAUAAUCAUAAUAUUGUUAAUGCUAACCAUUCUGGAAAUAAUAACAAUCAUGUAGUACUUAAUAAUAAUAAUAAUAAUAAUAAUAAUAAUAAUAAUAACACUUUUGACUUUAGUGGUAAAAUAAAUUCAAAUUCAUAUAUUGUAGAAAAUAAUAAUACAUUAUUAAAAGGAUCAAAUAAUAUAAACAAUUUAUAUAAUAAUAUUUCAUAUGUUGAAGAUAAUAAAAUCGAUGAAGAAAUAUUAUAUGAUAAUGAAACCAUAAGUAAUAAUAUACAUAAUGAUGAUUUCUGCUCAAAUAAAAAUAGUGUUCUUAAAGAUAUAUUAUAUAAUAUGGAUCAUAAAAUGACAAACAACAAUAAUUAUAAUACAAGCUUUAUAUAUGAUGAUGAUACAACCACCACAGCUACCGUUACCAAUAAUAGUAAUUACCUGAACGGUCAGGUAAAUAGCCAAAAUGAAAUAAGUAAUAAUAGUGUGCAAACUGACAUGUUGGUUAAUCCUAUGAUGUAUAGGAAUUAUAUAUAUUCAAAUGCUGAAGUGGAUAAUAUGAAAAUUAAUUCAAAUUAUCCCCCUAAAAUGAUGAAUAAUAAUACCAAUAUGAUGUAUAAUCAUAAUAGCAAUUUUAAUCAUUUCAAUAAUUAUAAUCGUAAUGUGAAUAAUUGA